AUGUCCCUAUACGUGUCCCCAUCAUUCUACGGGCUAGCUUCGGUCGAUUCCCAAUCGCUUCAAUUCCUCGCCGCUGCUCAAUUUUGUUUAUAUAAAGUUACAGUAGUGCAUUGUCGACGAAAGUCCGACUCACCGACCGGUAUAAUUCCGUCGUAUGUGGGUGAAAAUGUUCAGAUCACUGACUUCCUCGAAUUUGUUGAUCAUUUGAGACGACAACAUUCCGAAAUUCAAUUGGAUUCCGAUUUAAGUGAUAAGGACAAGAUAUUAGUGGAAGGAUUUGAUGCGUUAUUGAAGACGAGGUUGGUGCCGGCUUUGGAACAGUUAUUUUGGCUGGAUGAGUUCAACUACGCGGCCAUGGCUUCCAGAAUGGUGUCUAAAACAACAGCUUGGCCACAUUACUUCUUUUACUUGAGUAAAAAGAGAUCUGAAGCCAGAAAGAUUGUGGAUAGGACGGGGAAGAUGCCUGAGGACUUGGAGUUGGAUGCUAUCAAGGUAAUGUUGAGUAAAGCUGAUGUUAUCCAUGGUAAUUUUAAAAAACGUGUGAUUAAUCUAAAGUUCUUGCUGUCAAUUUAUAGGUAAUCUCAAAGUCAACCUCAACACCUCUCUUUUAGACCCUAAACCUAUUGGCAUCAAAGCUGGGCGCUUCAAAGUACUUUAACGGAAUGAAACCAUCAAGUUUGGAUGCCUUAAUAUACGGUUACCUGGCCCCAUUGUACAGACUCCCAAUGGCCAACGAUCGACUUAAACUUCAGCUCAAAGCUCUCCCUAAUCUGGCCGUUUUUCUCGAAACAAUCGGGUCGAUUUACAGCCCAGUAACUGAUGAAGACAUCAGCGAUGUAAAGGAAUUCAAGAAAUUGAUGCAGGAAGUGGACAAGGCCAAAAAACAGGUGGAAAAACAGGUAAACUAGAGAAGAGAAAUAUUGAAAAUGAUUAGAAAGAUACCAGAGUAAGUGAUAACAAUACGGAUUUAAUUUUUGGCAUCUAAAAGGCGUACUGUUCAAUAUUCGUCUGAUAUUACCAACAGAUGCCUAUUUUAAUAUAGUUUUGAUCAUAACACACCAAGACAAGUUCAAAUCAAAUUGGAAUCACAUUUUAAUAAAAGUAAAAUCAUUUCAGAAGAUGGAAAAACGAAUGAAAGAACGAGAACAACAGAAACAAGAGUCCACCAACAACACCAACGUGAUCAUGUUCUGCAUCUUCUCCUUGACCGCAACCAUACUGUUUGGUAUCCAUUCCGGAAUAAUUCAACUCCCAACAGUCGAAGAAGACGUAGAUUAA